UAUGAGUUAGGAAAGCUUUCCAAAUCAAAUAUUAUAAUAAUAAAUUUAAUUAUAGAAUGUCUAUCGAAGUUUUGAUGGAGCAGAUUCAAGAAUUAGAGUAUUAUUUAUCAAUAUAUAUUUAUAUAGAUGGAUCAUAUAUAAAAAGUAUAAUCCUAGUUUAUCAAAUGCUUAAAUAAUCUUAUACGUCAUUAAAAUAAAAAGAAAAAAUCCAAUAUAUUAGUAUUGCCUUACUAAGGAAACCAUAUAUAUGUAUAAUAAUUAAUAAAAUUUAUUAAGGUUCACUUUAAAGAUGAAAUAAAUCUUAAAAAAGCUAAAGUAUUUGAAUCAACUGAUAGUAUUUUUGGUUAAUUUUCCUUAUUAAAACCUCAGUUACCAUAUAUUCCUUGUAUUUAAUUAAUCAUAUUUAGUUUCACCAUUCUAAACUAUAGCUCCUCAUUAUUCUUAAGAAAUUACAUUUUAGAGAAUGAAUCCUAUUAUGUAGAGUGUGGAUAGGUAUAUAGCUUAAAAUAGAUAAACUAAUCAACAAGCCGAUCAUUUUAAAGUGAAAGACAAAUUUUUCGUAUUUUCAGGGAAACCUGAAGAAUCACAAUCAAUUCAUUCAGAUGAAUAAGAUGAUGAUGAAAAGAUGUCAGAUCAUUCAUUUUCAAUAAAAAAAAAGAAAAAGAUCAGUAAAGUAAAUGAUACUAAAAAUAUAACCAAAAACUUUUCAAAGGCAAUUAUCAGUUACAUUACACAAAAUAAAGACAUAGGUUUAAAACUAUUGGAUUCAAGAGAGUUUGAAGAUUUUUUGUAAAUAUUAAAGGAGAAAAAAAAUAAAAUGACAAAUAUCUAAUAAUUAAGGGAAUUGUGGGUUGAUUGUGAAGAUGAAAAACUAAAAUAAUUCAAUAAAACUUUUAGAAUUUUUAGGUAAAUUAAUAUAAUUAAAUAUAUAAUAGCCAAUAUUUCUUAAGGUAGCAAUCAGUUGCAUACAUCUAUAAUUCUCGAAUCAUGAAUACAGGAUGGCACUUAAAAUAUAGAUAUAAUUUGCUUAGAGCACUAAGAGAGCCCUAAAAUUUCAAAUACAUUAAAGAUAUUUGA